AUGUCAAAAACCCCGGAGUUCUACUAUAACGUAAGCAAAAAAGAUCUCUACGUCAUGUUCUCCAAAGGAAUCCUUCUUCAAGAUGCUAAAGUGUGCUUGUAUAUAGGCAGUAAUGGAGAAAGAAGUGAAAUGAUAUCAGCGACAACGUUUUCAUAUGAAAACAACAGAUCACAUAAGCGGAGAUCUAUUCAAAAAUCAAGAUUUCAAAGAGUGUUGAGGAUUACAGAUAUUACAAAUCUAAAGACUCAUAUCAAGAUUAAAACCCAGUUCUUAUCUCCAAAUGUGAUUUAUGGGGCUUACCUUAUUUUCAAAUUUUGUGAGCCAAGAAAAAUUUCAAAUAAACCAGUGUAUGUAAACCUCAAGUACAAACUCGGAAGUGAAACCUUGCAUGCAUAUUUUGCAACAUGGGGAGAUGACGACUGGUUGAUGAUAGAAUUGAGUAGGUUUUCGCCUUACACUAAAGAUGUCGAUUUUGAGGUUCUACUUGAGAGCAUGUCACGACCCUAUUGUGGGAGUGGUGGAAUCUACGUUGAAGGCAUCCAUUUUCGAGCCAUCACUAAUACAACUUUGAAGAUGAGGCCUGAAGUACAUGAGAAAGUAACUGGAGUAAAAGGAAUCUUGAAAUCGGACUCAGAUCCUGCGCUACAGGUGUCUGUUGAUUACGAUGGAACAACCCAACCAGAAUGUGAUGAAAAGGUUAUAUAUUUUGAACUAAUUGUAUACACGCGUACAGGAAAACUAUAA